UGUGCAACGCCUUCCAGUGGAUCCAGUACGGCAGCAUCAACAACGUCUUCGUGCGCUUCUAUGGCGUGAGCACCUUUGCCAUCGACUGGCUGUCCAUGAGCUACAUGCUCGCCUACAUCCCGCUGCUCUUCCCCGUGGCCUGGCUGCUGGACAAGAAGGGGCUGCGCGUCAUUGCCCUGCUGGGCUCGGCCCUCAAUGCGGUGGGCGCCUGGGUGAAGCUGGGCAGCCUGCGGCCGCAGCUCUUCUCUGUCACCGUGCUGGGGCAGGUGGUCUGCUCCCUGGCGCAGGUCUUUAUCCUGGGCAUGCCCUCGCGCAUCGCCUCUGUCUGGUUUAGCCCCCGCGAGGUGUCCACAGCCUGCUCCGUUGCCGUCUUCGGGAACCAGCUCGGGAUUGCUCUUGGCUUUCUGAUCCCUCCUGUGCUUGUUCCCAAUGUGGAAGAUGUGGAGAAACUGGCUUACCACAUAAGCAUCAUGUUCUUCAUGACAGCAGGCGUAGCAACAGCCCUCUUCAUCCUGGUCGUCAUAGUCUUCAAAGAGAAGCCUCCAUACCCUCCGAGCCGAGCUCAGGCUCUGAUCCAGUCACAACCAACAGAGGAAUAUUCCUAUGUGCAAUCGAUCCUCCGCCUGCUUCGCAAUGCCAACUUUGUGCUGCUUAUGGUCACUUAUGGUCUGAAUACAGGUUGCUUCUACUCCCUGUCCACUCUGCUGAACCGCAUGGUGGUCCAUCACUACCCAAACGAGGAGGUGAAUGCUGGCAGGAUUGGACUCACCAUUGUACUAUCGGGCAUGGCUGGUGCUCUGAUCUCUGGCCUCUGGUUGGACAGAACCAAAACCUACAAACAGACAACACUAGUGGUCUAUAUCAUGUCUCUGGUGGGGAUGAUAGUUUACACUUUCACUCUGAAGCUAGGCCACCUCUGGGUGGUCUUUGUGACUGCAGGCGUUCUGGGAUUUUUCAUGACAGGGUACCUUCCCUUGGGCUUUGAGUUUGCUGCAGAGUUGACAUACCCAGAAUCAGAAGGAACAUCAUCAGGGCUUCUUAAUGUCUCAGCACAGAUCUUCGGUAUUGCCUUCACCAUCAGUCAAGGGCAGAUCAUAGAUCACUUUGGGACAAAAGCAGGAAACCUCUUUCUUUGUUCCUUCCUGUAUCUGGGGUCCAUUAUGACAGCAUUCAUUAGGGCUGAUCUCCGAAGACAGCAGGCGAAUGUGGAAAAUGAACACACAAGACUUCAAGGCAGCAAUCAGAUCACGGCUUAUGGACUGUAGCUUGUAACCCCAAUCCCAUCAAUUCCCAUUCCUGUUCACUAGCUCACAUACGAAGGUUACAAGUAAUGAAUGUUGAAGAAGACCCUAUCUGUACCGUGCUGUGGAAUUAUUCCAGCCAUAAGUCCAAGCUGGGGAUGGGCAAGAAAGGCGGCAGAAUGCCAGCCUUGAGUGGGGUGAAGAGGGAAUGAAAGUUCCUGAAGAAAGUGAUGCCAGAAGCCUGUGCUGUUCCCAUAGCCCUUGAGGAGUCAAAGCUGUGAAAAAGAGGGGUGGCAGAGCUGGGAGAUACGGGACACCACCCUGCCCUCAUUCUCACCCUUGCUAGCUCCACCAUCCUGUUACAUGUGAAUUCUGGCAGAGGGGCAGCUGGGAACUGCUUGUAGAGCAUGACAGAGUGAAACAAGGAGUUGCUCCCUUCAGUUAUACCUCUACACCUUGCUGUUCUGGAGACUGUGUUGAGUGAGAAGAAAAGUUGGGAAAAGUCACUGCUCCCCUUCACCCCAUGUAUGCUUGGAAGAAAAGCACACGUUCUCAGAAAAGCCCCAGUUGCAGGCGAGUCCUGAGCAGGUGAGGGUGGCACCUUGCAUGUGGUCUGUGCCUCCUCUCCCAGGGAAGCAAUGACAUAGAAUGCCAGAGCUGGACUGUGAGCAGCCCUGGGAGAGCUGUGACCUGGUUCUCAGGAAGGGAGAUUGCACUGAGUGCCUGUGAUACCCUCCAUGUUGCACAGGUGAUGGUAGGGGGUAACACCAGCCAAUCUGUGCAAAGCAGUGCAACUGCCAGUGCCAGCUUUUUAUAUGUGGCUGUAGAUAAAGAUCCACCUAGAAUUCACUUGGGUUGCUCUAAUUGUCCUGUAUAGUAGGAAUAAAUGAGAGAGACCAAUAGAUCUACUACUAGAGGCAAAGGUUAGUGUUGUGGCUACAACCUGAGCCCAGAUCAGCCCUGGGCUAACAGCAGGAGUGACUCAAAGCAAGGCUGAGGAUCAUAUCUUCCUCCUUAAUGAUGAAGUGCCUUUUGCAACUUUUAACACUACACAAAAGCCUUUGUGGAAUAUCAGAUGACUUGUCAGGGCAACGUUACCCUGCACUGCUAUGGUGAGGUGUUUUCAGCAUAGUGGGAAUGAGUAUGAAGGCUUCCACUUUACUAGAAGCCUUCUUAAACACCAGCAUAUGAGACAGAACUGCGGGUAUCUCCCAGUCACAAACAUAGACCCUCAAAACCCUUUUCCUUCCUUUCCAGCAUCCAUCCCUUGGUGGAGACGUGAAGUGUCCUUAUACAAUAUCAUACAGUUACACGCAUGUUUCCUACUGGAAAAAAAAACACAAAUGCAGACUGGAUGAAAAUAUAUUAAAAAGAUUCCUUUUUUUGAUAGUUUGGGAUUGAGGAUGUGGUCUAAAAUGGCUUUUAAAAUAUAAUUUUUAUAUGAAAUAAAAACAUUUCAAGUAUGAUACUUUUGUAUCAUAGAGUUGAAACUCUCAA